UCAUAAACUAAAAAUAGAGUUUUUAUUUUGGACCCGACAAAAAAUAUAGGAUAAAACCGAAUCCGGCCGACUUUGAGUUACAGAGAUUACGGUACUCCAGUUCUUCACUCUUCACUCGUUUACUUUUACUCACGUUGGAAAUUUAUUAAAAUAACCUUCUCUAUUGAAUAAACUGUAUUUCAUCAUGGAGAUAGAUCUUGAACUUCCUUCAUGUGAACAUGAGAAAUUAGAUAUUGGAUCAAAUACAAAUAUUGAUGAUGUGGAUAGUGCAGAUAGAAUGUAUGUUGAGGAAGAUGAUGUAAAUUCUCCUACAACAAGUGAACAUGUUGAGGAAGUAUUUGGACCAAAUGCAAGUGUUUCCACUAUUCAAAAUGAAGUUGAUGUUAACGCCGUUGGGCUGAAUGGUGUUAACAAAAGUGUCACUUGUGAGCCCCAUAAUGGCUUGGAAUUUGAGACAAAGGAGGCAGCAUAUUCUUUCUACAGAGAAUAUGCUCGGUCUGUGGGAUUUGGCAUCACUAUAAAAGCCAGUAGGCGCUCAAAAAAAUCAGGAAAAUUUAUUGAUAUAAAAAUUGCUUGUUCAAGAUUUGGAAGCAAACGUGUCUCUAGUUCAACCAUGCAACCACGACCAUGUUUAAAGACAGAUUGCAAGGCAGGGUUGCAUAUAAAGCGGACACCUGAAGAGAAAUGGGUUGUGCAUAGUUUUAUCAAGGAGCAUAACCAUGAUAUUUGUCCACUUGAUUUUUAUAAUUCUAUCAGGGGAUAUAACAAGCAACCCGGUAUUGUUGCUUGUCAAAAGAAGGGUUUGCAGUUGGCCUUAGAUGAGGGAGAUGUACAGGUGAUGCUUGACAAUUUCAUGUAUAUGCAGGAUGACAAUCCCAACUUCUUUUAUUCAAUAGACUUCGACCAUGAAAAGCGCUUGAGAAGUGUGUUCUGGGUUGAUGCAAAGGGUAGGCAUGAUUAUAUCAAUUUCAGUGAUGUAGUCUUCUUUGAUACCUUUUAUGUUAGAAACAAAUAUAAAGUUCCUUUGGUUCCUAUUAUUGGAGUUAAUCAUCAUUUCCAGUACAUUCUUCUGGGAUGUGCAUUGAUUGGUGAGGAGACUACAUUAACUUUUGUUUGGUUAAUGCAGACCUGGCUUAAAUCAGUAGGUAGCCAAGCUCCAAGAGUAGUAAUUACUGAUCAAGACAAGUUCUUGAAAGAAGCUGUUGCAGAUGUAUUUCCUGAUGCACGCCAUUGUUUUUGUUUGUGGCAUAUAUUGAGGAGGAUUUUUGAAAAUUUGGGUGGUAUCAUAAAUGAAAAUGAAAAAUUUAUGGCAAAAUUUAACAAAUGCAUUUACCGGUCUUGGACAGAUGAACAGUUUGAAAAGAGAUGGUGGAAAAUGGUUGAUAAAUUUGAACUGAAGGAGGAUGAAUGGUUCCACUCAUUGUAUGAAGAUCGUAAUAAGUGGGUCCCAACCUACAUGCGGGAUUCGUUUUUUGCUGGACUCUCUACAACUGAGAGAUCUGAAAGCAUAACCUCAUUCUUUGACAGGUACAUAUGUAGGGAAACUUCAUUCAAGGAGUUUAUUGAGCAGUAUAGAACAUUUCUGGAAGACAGGUAUUACAUGGAAGCCGAGGCUGAUUUUGAAACACGCCACAAACAACCUGCAUUAAGAUCUCUCUCACCUUUUGAGAAACAAAUGUCGAGAGUUUAUACUGAUGCAGUAUUUAAGAAAUUUCAGUUUGAGGUUUUGGGAGUGGUUUCUUGUCAUUCGCAAGAAGAAAGGGAAGAUAAUGGGACUGUGAUAUACCGAGUUGAUGAUUUCGAAGAACGCCAGAAUUUUGUUGUAGCUUGGAAUAAAGCAGAGUUGGAUAUAUGUUGUUUAUGUCAUUCAUUUGAAUAUAGGGGUUUUCUUUGUAGACAUGCAAUACUUGUUCUUCAAAAUUGUGGUCUUCCCAACAUUCCAUCCCACUAUAUUUUGAAGCGUUGGACAAAAGAUGCAAAGGUCAGGCAGCCUACCAGUCAAAUAUCGAAUGGGCUUCAUUAUAGGGUACUACGUUUCAAUGAUCUAUGUAAACGGGCCAUGAGAUUGGUUGAAGAAGGUUCUUUAUCUGAGGAAACUUACAGUAUAGCAUUUCAAGCAUUAGAGGAAGUAUUGAAACAUUGUGUGGGUGUGAACAAUUCUGUUAGGAGUGUUUUGGAACCCAACAAAUUGGCAAUUCAUGGUUUCCUUGACAUUGAAGAGGAGAAUCAGAACAACAGCAUGGCCAAGUCAUCUAAGAAAAAGAAAACAUUUAAAAAAAGAAAGGGACGCUCUGAGCCUGAUGGAGUAACUAUUGGGAUUCAAGAGAGCUGCCAGCAGAUGGAGCAAAUGAGUUCAAGAGCACACAACCUGGAUAAUUGUUAUGUUCCUCAACAGGACCUGCAAGGGGUGGAGCUAAGUUCUAGAGCUCCUGCUUUUGAUGAAUAUUUUGAUGCUCAACAAAAUAUAAAUUCCGUGGGACAGUUGAACUCAAAUUCUCCUAUACGUGAUGAUUAUUUUAGCAAUCAACAGGGCUUGCAGGGGCUGGGACAGUUGCAUUCGUUAGCAUCACGCGUUGGUCAAUAUGGGACCCAACAGAGCAUGCAAGGACUGUUGCAGGCACAACUUAGUUUCAAAGCGCCAGUGAUUCAUGGGUGUUUUGACAUACAGGACAAUCUGCAAGAUAUGGAACAGACCAUGGGUUCCUCACAGUUUCACAACAUUGCAACGAAGCAUCUACCCAGUAAGCACCUUUCUCGGCACCUGGAAAGGUAGCAUGCCCAUCCACUUGGAUUAGAUGAGGAUAGAUAGAGGAGUUGUCAAUUAGUUCUCAAGUGUAAUCAAGUCAAUUGAUUUUCCUUCCAAAAAUUCCUUCUUGUAAAUUUAUGCAUUCUAUCAAAAAAAAAAAAAAAAAAAAAAAAAAAAAGGUAUAUAAAUAUAAUGCAUCUCUCUCUCUCUCUAGUUACUAGAAAAUAUAAGAUUUUCAACCAAGAUUACCUGACCUCAAACCAUUAAAGAAGAUUUGCGGUUAAA